AUGGCCCUAGACAUCGGCGUGGCUACCGUUGAGAAACCGUACGAUUUUCAAGACGUAACCUUCAAGAUAUACUGCUCAUAUAUACCAGCUGCCAUUCAAAUUAAUUAUGAUACAAAUCUGGAUAAGAAAAUUGGGACUAAUGUUGUGGCUUUGGGAUGGGGACGCGAUCGAGGUUCCAGGAUUCGCGAUCUAGUCGACCGCAACUCCGAAACUCUUAAGGAAGUGUCUAUAGUGAUACAAAAGAAAGACGAUUGCAUAAAGAAAUUCAGAGGGAACGGCUUGGCAGUACUGAUAGAGAAGUUCAUGAUAUGCACCCACGGCACAGGGCUUUUAGACGGCGAGGGGAAUGUCAUCAACGAACUUGACAAGGCCAUUUACAACGCUUGCACUGACGGACAAAGACCUGGCCACGAUCAGUGUAAGGAUUUCGACGAUAAGGUCUACGCAAAUAGACGCAUGCGAAGACCGAGUGUUAAACAAAACGAGACCGGCGACAUAAACCACUUGGAUCGAAAAAUAAAUGAAAGCAAUGUAAAGCAUGUAUUCUCUAGAAGACAAGGAAUUUGUCAGUUAUGGCAUGAACGCAGACGCAUAGAGACUUUCGCAUUUACAAUAUCUGUGAGGAUAGGUGUAAAAAUAAACGACCAUGGCGGUCCAUUAGUCACAUGGGUUGGCACUGCUGAAUUAGUUAUAGGAGUAGCAGUGAACGGUCUGUAUGAUGUAGAGUACAACUGCGUUGGGCCCUAUAUAUUUGUUAGCACAUCUGCCGCUGGUCUGAUAUUGAAGUGCUUGUUAUCUGACAAUGUUUCCACAGGUGAAAGUUGUACCCAAGAAACGACGGGUGGCUUUGACAUUUUCGAAAACGUAACACGUGGAUUUGAAGAUGGCGUCCAAGCUUUGUUAAGAGCUCAAGAAGAAAUGUCCGCUAAAAUAGGAAAGUCUGAACUAAUAUCAGAUUAUGAUUAUUCUUCUGUCCAAGAAGUUGCUUAUUUAUAAUAUGUU